AAUCUUUUGUGGUUGAAAUUUGGGGAGCAACUGAAAUCGUUUCGUUUCGUUUCUGAGCUAGCAAUGGAAGCUCUUCUGGGAAGUUCUCCUUCUCCUUCAUUCACCAUCACCAGAAGAAAUCCCAUUACUUCUUUUAAGGUGCUUUCAUGGAAUUCUUUGUACAGCGGAAGUAAUAACUCUCGAGUAUAUCAUCCUAUAUUGCGUCUGAAAAGAAGUGGCAAUGACAACUCUGGAAGUUGCUCUCCUUUAUGCUACAUUGAGCAAAUGUACAGAAACAGAAUGUUUUCUCAGCCAAUCCGGAGGUGUAGAAAAAUAUUCAUAGAUAAGCAAAGUUUGCUGGUUAUACAAAAUGGCUUAGCUUUUCUACCAAGAAAAUUCAAAACCAGUCUCCGCAAAACAUUAAAGCAUUCGGAAAUUUUUAAGAGUAUAGUACCUGAGAUAUUUGUUCGGUCCUGCAUAGGACUAAUGCUGGUUAUGGCAGUUAAUACUGCUGUUGUCAAAGCGCCUUCUUUUGCUCUCACUGAAGAAAAUCUACUUUUCUUGGAGGCAUGGAGAACAAUUGACCGUGCAUAUAUUGACAAGACCUUCAAUGGUCAAAGUUGGUUUAGGUACAGAGAAGACGCACUACGAAAUGAACCAAUGAACACAAGGCAGGAAACAUAUGCAGCAAUAAAAAAGAUGCUCGCCACUUUGGAUGACCCUUUCACCCGGUUUCUGGAGCCUGAAAAGUUUAAAAGUUUGCGGUCAGGAACUCAAAAUGCACUUACUGGAGUAGGGUUGUCAAUUGGCUAUCCAUCGGGGAAAAAUGAAUCAGCCUUUGGACUGGUCGUUAUCUCAGCUUCUCCAGGAGGUCCUGCAAAUAGGGCUGGCAUCUCAUCUGGUGAUAUCAUCCUACAAAUUGACAAUACCAGCACAGAAAACAUGGGUAUAUAUGAUGCAGCAGAACGGUUACAAGGACCUGAAGGAAGUGGUGUGGAACUAACUGUACUUCGUGGAUCCGAGACAAGGAAGCUACCAUUGAUACGGGAGAAAGUUUCUCUGAAUCCCGUAAAAUCAAGAAUCUGCAAGCUACCCACUGGAGGAGAUGAUGCUCCUCAGAUCGGAUACAUCAAACUAUCAACAUUCAACCAGAACGCUUCUGGUGCUGUAAGAGAGGCGAUUGAAACCUUAAGGAAAAACAAUGUCAAGGCAUUUGUCUUGGACCUUCGGGAUAACAGUGGUGGUCUCUUCCCUGAAGGAGUUGAGAUAGCAAAAAUAUGGUUGGAUAAAGGUGUGAUUGUAUACAUUUGUGAUAGCCGUGGUGUUCGAGAUAUUUAUGACACGGAUGGGAGCAAUGUGGUAGCUGCUUCAGAGCCCCUAGCUGUGCUGGUAAACAAAGGGACUGCAAGUGCAAGUGAGAUUUUAGCCGGUGCUUUGAAAGAUAACAAGCGCGCACAGCUGUUUGGUGAACCAACAUAUGGCAAGGGUAAAAUCCAGUCCGUAUUCCAGCUAUCUGAUGGCUCUGGCGUGGCUGUUACAGUUGCUCGGUAUGAAACUCCUGCUCACAACGAUAUAGACAAGGUUGGUGUAAUACCGGACCAUCCUUUGCCAGCAUCAUUUCCAAAAGACGACGAGAGCUUCUGUAACUGCCUUCAAAAUCCUGCUGCUGCUUGCCACCUAGAUAGAGUCGAGCUAUUCUCGAAAUGACUCAAUCCUGCAAUCUGAAGAAAAUACCUUACUUUUUCAACAAUUUGUUUGUAGAUUCCAUUGAUUCUUUUACCAGAUACAUGCAUCUGAUGUUUGUACAUACAAAGAACCAAGAACAAGGGACAACUUCAAUUCCUAAUAUUGUUGAACUCUUGCUCUAAAAAGGG